UUUUAUCGGUGGCAUCUGCUUGUUCAGAAAACGAGAAGUGUUCUUCGCGUGGAUUUCAUCCAAAUGGCAGAGAAGUGGCAGCAGCAGUGUGGCGUCGAGUUAGAGCCGGAUCAGUUUUACUGCUCAGUAUGUCUGGACCUGCUCAAAGAUCCCGUCACCAUCCAGUGUGGACACACUUACUGCAGAAUCUGUAUCGAGGGAUGCUGGGACCAGGAAAAUGAAAAGGGAACGUACAGCUGUCCUCGGUGUAGGGAGACCUUCAGCCCAAGGCCUGUCCUCGGGAGGAACACCAUGCUGGCUGAAGUUGUAGAGAAGCUGAAGAGGACAGUAGCCCAACAGGUCCGUCCAGCUUCUCCUCUUGCUCCUGCAGGACCAACAGACAUUGCCUGUGAUUUCUGUUGUGGGACCAGAAGAAACAAAGCCACCAUGUCUUGCCUGACCUGCUUGGCAUCGUACUGUCCUGCUCAUCUUGAGCCUCACUACAGUUUUCCUGUGCUGAAGCUUCACCAGCUGGUGUCUGCUACAGUGCCAUUAAAGGAAAAAAUAUGUGCAAAGCACAACAAGCUGAUGGAGGUUUACUGUAAGACUGAUCGAAGUUGUAUCUGCUAUUUGUGCACCAUGGAUGAUCAUAGGCGCCACUCAACAGUGUCAGCUGCAGCAGAAAGAGCUGCUGAGCAGGUAACACUUGGUGAGAUCCAGAGUGCAGUCAAGCUGAGAUUCCAGGAGAGACAAGAGGAGCUGAAUGAGCUUGUCCAAGCUGUGAAGGACUUCGAGACUUGUUGUCAGACUGCUGUGAAGUCCAAUGACGAGCUCUUUGACAAGCUGAUCUCCUCCAUCCAACAAAAACAUGCUUCAAUGAAGGAGUUGAUUGAAACUCGGCAGAAAACUGCAGUAGCUGAUACAAAAGAUCUGCAGAUGCAGCUGGAGGAGGAGAUAGCCAAGCUGAGUAGAAGAGACGCUGACCUGGAGCAGCUUUCCCACACAGCUGACCAUAUUCAUUUCAUUCAGAUCUUCCAGUCUCUCUCCAUCUCAUGUGAAUCGCAGGACCUGCCAAGAGGCGCUGUUGUUCAUCCUAAACGUUCAAUAAAGACAGUGACUGACUGUCUGUCUGACCUGACAUAUGACAUGAAAAAGCUUCUGGAGACCACAUGGCCAAAAAUCUCUGCCACAGUGUCUGUUACAGAUUUUGUGCUGCUACUUGUGCCAAAGACCAGGAGAGAUUUAUUGCGCUAUCACUGUCCUCUAACACUGGAUCCCAACUCUGUCAACAAAUGCUUUGUCAUUUCACGGCAAUCUAAACGAGUGACGAGUGGCUCCUAUGAGCAUUUUCAUUCAUCUCACUCGGACAGGUUUGGAGGUGUGAGGCAGGUGCUGUGCAGAGAGGGUUUAACAGGGCGGUGCUAUUGGGAGGUCAGUUGGAGUGGUGGCGUCUGGUCAGUGGCAGCGUCUUACAAAAACAUCAGCCGAACAUCAUCUGACUCAGAAUUUGGGAAGAAUGAUAAGUCCUGGAGUUUGGAGUGCUCUACAGACGGUUACACUUUCAGACAUAACUCAGUAACCAGGGCGGUGUCAGGUCCUCGUACCUCUCAGAUUGGAGUGUAUCUGGAUUACAAGUCAGGUACUCUGUCGUUUUACAGCAUCUCUGACACCAUGACUCUGCUUCUCAAGGUGCGCACAGUAUUCACUCAGCCUCUCUAUCCUGGCCUUGGGCUGAAGGAAGGAGGCUCUGGCUGUUAUGCAGAAGUGAAGAAGUUCUGAUGCCAACUUUUUCACCAUGUUGAGUAAUGUCUUUCAAGACCUAAAAUAAGCAGUGUAGAAACCUGUGAGCGCUGCUGUUAAGUGAGCUCAUUGAACUUGUUUGACACUUAUUUACUAAAUGCUGAAUGACUCGCACUGUUUGGCUGUUGAAAGGCGUGACAGGUGCUCCACUGUGACACAAGACAUUGAAAUUGUAAGAUUUUGUUGCUCUAAUUAAUCUAUGCUUUUUGUUUGUUUUAAUGUUGAGUUUAAAUUGACUUUUUCACUUGCAUGUACCUCAUUGUUUUCUUUCCAUUUUACCGUUUUAAUAUCUGGGGAGGGGGACUUCAUACGAAAUUAAAGUUGACAACAUACUGCGCAUAGGGCUUAUUGUACUAAUGAUGACUGGGUUCAGAUGAAGUCAGUUUUGCAGUCAGCUAAAGCUACAGAGACGCUGUAUUGCACUAGUGCACAUUGACCAAAGUCUAGAAGAUAUAGGAUAAAGGUUAUUGUGACUUUGACACUUUUAUGAAGGUACUGCCCACACUUCUUAAAGGUUUGCCAAAUUAAUGAUUCUGUGUUUUUUAUUUGGCACAGGUUUUAGACUGCUUUCAUAGGAUUCCCUUCCUGUUUAUGAGUUUAAAUAAAAAUGAUU